CCAGGUCAGCAGUCGACCCACGUGUUGUGGUAGAACAAAAAGACAAGUGAAAGACAAGGAGAUCAAAACUUUGUAUCAUUUAUUCUUUAAUAUAUUUAGCAUUUCUGCUACUCAUCUUGUGACUGGAGAGGUAUUAUCGAAAGAUCUUCAAAUAAAGGCUGACACCUAUAGCCGAAUGACUGCCCCACAGAGCCAGACAAUAGCCCAUUGCUCUUUUGCAAGCAGUUUUUUUACUUCUCUUGUAGCAUAUAAAUGGAUAGAAUACAUAAUGGAUGGUUUUCUGAGAUAAAUAAACAGUGGCCAGGUCAAGCCAUGUCUAUAGAGGUUGAAGAAGUCAUCUAUGAGGGAAAGUCAAAAUUUCAAGAAAUCCUAGUAUUCAAAAGUAAAAGCUUUGGCACUGUGCUUGUCUUGGAUGGAGUCAUCCAGUGCACUGACAGAGAUGAGUUUUCUUAUCAGGAGAUGAUCUCAAUGCUUCCACUUAACUCUCACCCAAAUCCCAAGAAGGUUCUUGUUAUAGGUGGUGGUGAUGGUGGUGUAAUCCGUGAAGCCAGUAAACACCCAUCUGUGGAGUCUAUUGUUCAGUGUGAAAUUGAUGAGGAUGUUAUAAAUAUCAGUAAAAAAUACUUACCCAACAUGGCUGUUGGUUAUACCAGCCCUAAGCUUACACAACACAUUGGAGAUGGAUUUGAGUACAUGAAGAAUCACGAAAACGAGUUUGAUGUGAUUAUAACCGACUCAUCGGACCCAGUUGGUCCUGCAGAGGCUUUGUUCCAACAGUCAUACUAUGAACUAAUGAAGAGAGCACUCAAACCUGAUGGCCUACUCUGUUGUCAAGGGGAGUGUCAAUGGAUUCAUUUACCACUGAUCAAGUCAAUGGUGGAAUUUUGCAAGACCUUGUUCUCAGUUGUUUCUUAUGGUUAUACAACCAUUCCUACAUAUCCAUGUGGGCAAAUAGGAUUUAUGCUUUGCAGUAAAGAUAAGAAUACAAGAUUUGAAGACCCCAAAAUCGUGCUAAGUGACCAGCAAGUGGAAGAUUUAGGGUUUCGAUACUACAACUCUGAUAUCCACAAAGCUGCCUUUGUGCUGCCACAAUUUGCAAAGAAGGGUCUUGGUUUAUGAUGACGGGCCAGCAUAAGAAGAAUACCUGAAAGCUGAUUUUGAAGUGUCUAUGACAGUAUUCCGUAUUGUAUUCAAGCAGUACGGUAUUGUGCAGUAUUUAAUUUUGGAAUGCUAUCGACCAUAGUGAAAAACGUCUAACGCAGAUGACUUCACCUUAUCGUCAAGGGUAUUACCUAGACAGCAGCAAACGAGCAGGAACCUAUUUAUAGUGUCUACUGCAUUCAAUUUUUGUUUAUUGUUUCUUGAAUUAAAAGCCAAAAUAAUAAUGUUAUUUUGGUUUGUUUUUACAUAUUUUAUAGCGCUGACCAAAAGUUUUAUUUUGAUUUGUUCGCCGAUAUGAUUAGGAAUGGUAUAAUCGCGGUGUAGUAAUUAUAAUCGCGGUGUAGUAUUUAUUCCGAUUGAAAGCGAUUGAGCAGCAUGAUAUUAUAAGAAAAUUAAGAAAAGGAAUUAUACUGAAAAUAAAAUAGAAGUACGCAA